AUGUCGGAUUCAUCCCGCCAAUAUCAUUACAACAACCAGUACGAUGACCCACAGAACUGCUAUGGCCAGCAAGCUGCUGUAUAUAGUUACGGAGAUACUCCUGGCAAUUACCCUUCAGCGCAAUACCAGCAAGGACAGCCUUCGCAGUACGCAUACAAUCAGGCUCCCCCUACCAUUAAUCAUUAUGUGAAUACAUCCCCUGGCAGUCAUCCUGCACAAUAUCAGCAAAGCUAUGCACCUUCCUACGACGCAAGGCAUUCAGAUGGACAUCGGCAUGAGCAACCCACAUCCAUGAGUUAUGAGCAAAGCUCAUCUUAUCCACCACAGACUCAGCAUCAGCAAGGCCAGAAGGUGUCUUACUAUCAGACGCAGUCAGAGCCUGUUCCUACUACAAACACAUCCGGAGGUAAAAAGGGGUUUGCACCGAAUGUAGCCGGCAUCAUUAGUGGGGGCGCUUUAGGUCACAAGCUGGGAGGUGGGAUGCUGGGUGUCGCAGGAGGUGCAUUGGCAGGCGCUGCAGGCAUGGAAAUCGCAAGUAAACUACGCAAGAGGCAUAAGAAGAAACACCAUGGCAAGAGUUCCCGUCAUUCAAGCUCCAGUUCCAGCUCAAGCUCGAGUUCAAGUUCCUCUAGUGAUGGCGAUUAG